AUGUAUCAUGUCAUGAAUUCAUCGACGCGCCCAGACACGCUUGCGCAAUACCUCUUGCCGAAACGUCGCCAUUUGGAAACCCUCGAAGACUUGAAGGCCAUCAUCGACGAGUCGAUCCGCGAGAUACAGCGACGUCCGAAUUUCCACAGCCUAGCAGUCUCCAACAAGCGCCUGGUGCAACCAAGCUAUCCUACGUUCAUCAGAUUCUCCGUCCUCCGCAUUGCACAGAGCAAUUGCUCCGUCGACAAGGUUGUGGAAGCGGCCAGCAACUUUCAUGGCUAUGGAAACUGCAAAGCUACACAUAAUCUACAUUUUCCGAUUCGGUUGGCGAUAAAUGAUGGCCGAAACUGUCCAUUACUCUGGCAAGGCUCCCGCAGCGUGGCGGAUGUACCCGGCUAUCCGCUAUUUUACGCACCGAUUGAUAGCAAGCAGGUUAAGGCACACCCGUCCGCCGCUUUGUACUCUUUCAAGCGCAGCGCGGCCAGCGCGAAUGCGGAUACACCAGGCCCAGCCAGGAAGCCAGGCAAGGCGAACACCAAGUACGCAGUCGCAGAGCAAGCCUGUGUAAAUAGAUCCUCUAGCACCGGCGAUAACCACAUUGCCCUGUUCGUCAAGGCCUACCUGGCAUACUUUGAUGCAAUUGCUGCAGCUCUAGACGGCACUAUAAUGCGCCACAAUGCCGAUAUCAUGCAGCUGUCUACACUGAAUAUAGCUGACCCACGAUUUUCGAGCAACGUUAUCCGCAAUUUGCCUUCAUCUGAAAUGGUAAAUGUGUGUGGGCAACCGCGCGGAUAUCAAGAAUUCUGGGCGUACUGCUGCCUUUGCAAGCCCGCUGUCUUCGCGUCGGCGCAUUCAAUGGCACAUACGAAUGCAACGCCCUUCAGCAUGUACGAGUACAUAGGCAUGGAAAUGACCUGCCUUUGCGACGUGGAAUUAAAAUUAUCUCCAAACGGACCGUAUUUUUACGGAAAACCGAACCUGAUCAUCUCAUACAUCGAAACCUAUGCGCAAAUUAACGGCAUCCAGAGCCAACUCAACGAAGCGUUACAGAUCGCCAUGCUUUGGCCGUGCCUGCUGCAGACCGAUGCCCCCGUCGCGCUCCCAGCUGCGCUUCAUGCCGCUGACUGGAUCACUAAUGAUAUCAUUGCUCCGGCUACGAAUAUCAGCCAAAGUGACACGCCAUAUGAGGGAUUGGUCUCCUCCAACCCUUCUGUCGUCCUGGCGUCUACCCUUGCUGGUGCGUGGGCUUUGCAGUCGCAGCUCUAUGACUUCAUCGGUGUCAUCAUAUCGGAUCGCGGGUGCUGGGAUGUGUCAAAAGCGGAGCUCGAACGCGCGUCAAAGUGGCUGCAGAGCGUUGCGUCAGAACCCGGCGUUGGGUGGGAUCUGCUAUUCCGCCACCAGUUUGAAGUAACGCCGUCGUUCCUCCAACUUACCGGCCUUGGCACGGACUCUAUCUCUUGGUUCAGGCUUAUAUCGAGGUUCAGCGUGAAAGAAUGGCGAUACCCAGCACAUUUGCGGCUGAUGCAGCCGUUCUGGACAGCAACGUCUAUAUGCGGUCAGCUACCGUGGGAGAUCACAUGGCACCCGGACAUAACCACUUCGCACGAGUGUAUCACUGCGGCGCCCGUAACAAUCAUGCGUCUUAUUCGCCUUGGGCUCCUUUCCUCCGACGGAUGUCUUCCGUCUAUUCAACGAAAGGUAUAUCCCGACUUAUCGCAUAGCGGAUUGGAGACUAUCACGGUAGCUGAAACUUCUCUUCUGCCGCUGGAAUUAGUGUUGUCGCGUGGCAUACGAGUCAUAGCGGAGUAUGACCAUGGGUGUUCAGCAAAUUCCGGCACUGGUAAAGUACAAGCAUGGGACAACAUUCGGCGCAAAACAGUAUGGCCCAUUGGUGGAUUACAGCAACAUCUUUCUAUUCGCGACCGGCUACCAAAUGCGAUGGCCGCGGAAGUGCUGUGCUAUGACAUGCCAGGGAUGGCGAAUCCCAUUACUGUUAAGGCCGCACAAGAUCGGCUAGAACAAGUCAAAAAGAAUUUAGCGAAAAGAUCAUACGAAAAGAUGAUAAACAGCUCGAUUGAGCUGAGCAAGAUUGGCUAUGCGAACUACAUCGAUAACAGUCAGCCGCCAGGGCCACAUGCUCUCGUCUACGCUCCAGUUGAUGCGGAAGCAGUGGAUGGUGCGUGGUGGUGCAUUCUCUAUCUACGGCGAUUCCAAAAUGGGAACAUGGAGAGUAUGGCUAGCCUGAAGCGGGCGAUACGCGCAGCUGUGAAUUUCGUCACCGAUCACCCUAUUGAUAUUGAGCAGAUGGCUGGUGCGUGUUGUGCGCUUGACCUUCCGGUACCUUGCAUUUUUUCCAGUUUGUCUUGCCUUCGGUACAGUUGCAUUGAAGAUCAGUAUCGAAAGAUUCCGUAUUUCUUACAACUGAGCAGCCAAGGUUGGCGUGUUGUGGCACCUUCGGCCAUGACAUCAGACUCUCUUGCGCAGCACAUGUGCGCUUGCGUUGACAACAUGCCGCUAAAUGCGGCAGCCAACCAGCCGGCGCUUACCUCAUCGUCAAUGAUCCCGCCGAGCAACGAGCAAAUGCAUUAUGCUGGGCGCUAUAAUUUAUCAACCAGAGUUAGGCUGCUUGAUGAAAUGAUACGGCGCUGGGAUAAACAUCUGUCGACAUCAGACGAGGUCAUUGUCGUGCAUCAAGCUCUUUUCCCUGGCGUCGGCAUUCCGCGGUUUUUAAAGGAAGACGAGCUCAAGGGCUUUGAGUCGGUGAACGAGCCGUCUUUCACCGAAGCAAGCGCGAGCACGGUCUUUAUAUUAGAGUUUCUGUCCAGACAAAUGGGGCAUCAGUAUUUCAACAAGUUGAAAGAUUUUGGAGAGAAACAUGGUCGCGACGAAGUCGGCGGUGCCUUGCUCUGGCCGCAUCGCUCUCCGCAGGCCGCAACUAAAAACAAUAUAUCAACCGCAGGCUUGCUACUUAUCCUCGAUCCAGAAAAAUCUCAAGAGCUGUUGGCUCUGUGGUUUCUGCAGCGCAACAUUGGUAACCACGCCGAAUUUGUCACGGCUGUUGCCCUCUGGCUGUCAGCUAUCAACCUGUGCAGCAAGGCAUGGUCUCAGCUAUUGAACACCGAGCUUUUGCUGAAGAAUGAGGAUACUUGGCUAGACCACACGAAGCAAUGGCAUGACCUGUGGCGGAAAAACGGGCUGCCCUGCUGUAGCUGCCCUCAGUGCUGGACCCAACUGCUUUACAUGCAAUCUCUUUGGGGUCGUGGUGGGGUGGAAGUGGACUGGGAGCAAGAGAUAUCGAACAAAUCAAAAGUACCGGACGAUAUUGUCGCGUUCACAGGUCAGCUGUGGUCAGCCGCGUAUGCGACAGGUCUAAUCCGGGCUGCCAUUCGCGAAGUGCUGGAAACGGCACUGCAACGGUUGCGUGUCAAAUCAUUUGACGAAUUUAUGGACAAUGCAUUCGAGUGGCUCGUCCCCGGCACGCCUGCAGGAAUGCCCUCGGCCUUCAACCAGACAGAGCUGAAGGCCUUUCUCAGGAAGGAAUACGGCAUCAUUCCUCGCUCGACAAAACGGUCGGUGAUGGAGACGAUAAGUCGCGAUUAUGCCUUACAGCAAGUGUUGUCGCGGCCACAAAUAGUUGCAAAACUGCACCAGAAACUAAACGAAACCGGCGGCAAGGCACGAGCUAUUUAUGGAGUAACGAUAUGGCAUUACAUCAUUUCAAAUUGGUUGAUGGCACCAUUAGAAAAGGCGAUUGCGCAUCCAGCCAUUGACAUCAACUUGCCCAAUGCCGAUUUCGUGAAGCUGGAGGUCCUUCGUGCACAGGAGGCUAAUAGGGCUGCAUGCUUUUCUUCCUAUGAUUACCCCGAUUUUAAUUCCAUGCACACGCAUUAUCACAUGUCGAUCAUUUACGAGGAAGCCGGCGCCGUUUUCCGUGCCUCGUCCUGCUACAUGGCAAUGAACCGCGAUGAAAGGGAUCUAGUGUCUCAAGGAUACAAGUGGCUCCAAGACGCUACGUUUACGCAAGUCUGUUUUCUUCCUGAAUCGGACGAGUUCAUCCAAACAGUCGGUGGGCUCUACAGCGGCAAUCGCGACACUACGUUGAUUAACACUGUACUCAAUAUUGCGUAUGCGAGAGUUGUGGACACAUCCUGCCGCAAUAUGGCUUUGAACCCUUCUGUACAAUGGCGCCUAUGUCACGGAGACGACAUCAUAACGGUACACGGCAGCUAUGGCGCAGCAAUUGGCUGGAACGCUGUAGCUGAGCGUGCCAACCUGAAAGGACAAGAGAAGAAACUUUUGACAGACAGAUGCUAUCACGAAUAUUUACGAAUCUUGGGCUGCCCUGAUGGCAAAAUCAGAGGCUCACUGGCACGUGUUGUAGCCACUUUCGUCAAUGGCAAUUGGGAAACUGACUCUUCGUCUGGGGCAAAUAGCCAGGUAGUAGAGGUGAUGUCUGCUGUGGACGUCUUGCGUCGCAGAGGGAUGCGCGAAGAAUUUGCACGCAAGCUCUUAUCGCAGUGUAUCCAGCUUCUCGCGCAGAAUGUUUCCAUCAAAGAAAACGAGGCUGAAGCGACUAGACGCGCGAUUCUCAGUAUCCCAAUACAUCUCAAGCGGGGAGAACUGACUAAGUCGGCUAGCAAUACAGCUAGGCAAGCUGAAGCAAACGCAAUGCCGCUUACAAUCUACGCUGAGAACAAGCGGCGUGAGAGGCUGGAUAUUGAACGCAGGUUUAGAAGCUUGCCUGCCAACGUGACUGACCCGUACAUGAAGCGACUCGUCGCGUCACUUCCGCCGGCACUUCAGCAUCAAGAAGGGAUGCAUGCCAGACUCAAGGCGGCGCUGCAACGGUCAACAUACGGGUCUGAAUUUCCCAGAAGACUUCAAAUUGAAUUGAAGCAGACGCCUCAGUUGGUAGCCCUGCGCAAGAGGAUGAAAGAAGCAGCGGAAAAGAGAGGCCAAUUUGAGAAACACGUCCUGGUCACAGACGUUGGGCGGCACAUGCAAAAACACAAGCUCUUUGCGACGACAAUGCGGCGCAUUAAGGCGUUUUACACAGUUCUGUCCUCGCUCGACAAUCUCGGCGGCUACACAAAAUCGCAGCUUGUGUCGUUUCUAGUGGGAAUGCCAGAGUCCACCGUCACGAGCGCGUUGUUGGUGGACGGCGCACUCGCUGCAGACUGGAGGCGAGCUGGGCGGCCGUCGGCAGCCGAGGUCGGAGCGUUGGAAAACGAGCUUGAGGUGUACCUCAGUGGAGGUGCAAAUCUUCGUAUUGAUGAGGAAGUGGUCGUGUUUGCUGAUAACGGCCUGUGGAGAAUUGUCCCAGUAAGAUCACUGAUGCUGUAUUGA